UAAAGAGCUAGAUGACCUCGAAGAUGAAAUGCCUGGUGCAAUAUAUUUACCAGUUGAUAAAUUGCGUCGUGACAGACUUGUGAAAGCUCUGCCAGCAAGGACAGUGUGUGCUCUACGUACUAGGGAUGAACAAUUGGUUAGAAUUCAAGUUAGAAGAUUAGGAACGACGAAUUCCAUUAUGCUUGGUUACAAUUUUCGUGAUCCUGUAGGAAACAAUAAGUUGUAUAAAUCUGUUCUCGAUUCAGGUGCACCAGAAACAAUCCUUCCUUAUCAUGUCCGUAGGACAUUUGGAAGAAGAGGAUGGAAAACUGCCCUUGGUGGUACUAUUGGAUAUGGAGCACCCGCUCUCCUGGUUCAUGCAUCGACAACAUUUGAAGUUGCAAUUGGGGAUGAUAAUGGUUGGACUAAGUGGGUGAGUAUAGACACACUCCGAGUCUGGGAAAAAAAUCCUGGCGAUCAAGUAGACAGCGCUCUUAUUGGUAAUGAUGUCCUAGACCAGCUUGCCUUCGUACAUGAGGUAGCGCAAGGAUAUAAAUUUUUAAAAGCUUCAAAUGAAGUUGCUUUAACCAAUUUCAUAGCUAAUCUUCCUUAA